UUUCCAUACGCACGCCCAACCACGGAAUAAUGAUAAUAAUGAUCAAGAUGGCUACUACAGAAGCCUGUCUGUAGCUAAGUACCAAUUUCAUGGAAUCACUCAAAACUGCAGUUACUAACUAUUAAAGUCCCUCGUAGACGACGAGGACUCCGCCAGGCAUAAUACUAUAUGGAUUGAUUACGGGUUAAGAGGAAAUAGUAGAAACUGUGUCGCCUGCAGCAGCUAUUCAGGAAGCUAGCUAGCAGAGUAACUAGCUAGCUGUAAUAUCUGGCGACUAACUCCAGUUUUAGCUUUCCACCAGCGGGGGACUCUGGCUCUAUUUUGAACAAAUGGCAGAACCGAGGAAAGUUCCCUUCGUCACCCUAUCGUCGUUCAACACAUCCACUCCGUCGACUCUGGAGUUCAGCAAGAAACGCCGCCGCGAAGAUGAGGCCGUGACUUUGGGGAGAGACGGCGGAGGAAAUGUGGCCGGGUCAGGAGGUGAUGGAGGUCUGUUUGGGAACACGAAGAGUGAUGUCGCUGAGCCCGGGGAAACCAAGCCGACGGUCCGCCUCGACCUCUGUCUCUCCGAGCCGAGUGAACGCGGUUCUGCAGAGUUCAACUACACCGAGCUGGUGGUCUCUAUUCCUUCACGUCCUUCUCAGGUAAAACCAGCAGGUUCAACUGUCCCAAAAGGACUCACACCCCCACUGGACCCCAACGACCCACUUGCUGAUGAUGAACGGGAGAGACGUGAGGUGGAAGAGUUGGCCAGGAAGUUUGAAAGCAAAUACGGUGGUGCCGCUAAGAAGAAGAAAAGGGACAGGAUGCAGGAUCUCAUUGACAUCGGCUAUGGUUACGAUGAGACCGACCCAUUUAUAGACAAUUCAGAAGCUUACGAUGAGCUGGUACCGGCCUCCCUGACCACCAAACAUGGAGGUUUCUACAUCAACACGGGCACCCUGCAGUUCCGACCCACGUCCGACUCGGAAGGGGAAAACACAGAGAAUAAUCACAUCAAAAUGAAAGACGGGGAAGAGCGUGUAAUUAAAAAACGGAGGAAAAAGCAGGACGGUGCAAUUUUGGAGGAGAAAAAACCCAGGAAAAAUAGAGUACCAAAGCCCGGAGUGUCGUCCUUGAAUCGUCCAGAAAAGAAGAAGAGGAAGAAGCUAAUGAAAGAUUCUAUCCAGCUGGCCAACAUGCUGCGUCGCUUCACAAGGGAGAAGGAAGAGGAGCGAAAGAGGAACAUGGUUACCGCCAGCCUGCCGAGACCCAACUCCAAAGUGCCCAUUGCCAACAGUGUGGUUGUCAACAGCCAGUCAAAGGCUGUAGCCGGCAACGACUGCAACAUGGCGGACCUCACCACCGACCCGGCUGUCAUGUCCCUGCUUGGCACAGCCAAUAACGACGUGCUGCAGGACAUGAUGGGGGAUCUAGACUUUGCCAUGCUGGACUCCCCGCAGCCCUCCAGUCCUACUCAGGGCGAGAACGGCUCCUUCGGCAUGGGCCAUAAAGCGGGCUUAGGCCGCGUGUCACAGGGUAAUGUGAUGAGUCCUCCACCCCUGCCCACUGGCCUCCCGGGCCCCCUCUCGAAGCGCAUUGAAGACCUCAGAGCGGCCUCCCGUCUCUUCGACGAAGAGGGACGCAAGAAAUUCUUCACAUUGGACAUGAACAACAUCCUAUUGGAUAUUGAGUUGCAGGUUCAGGAGCAGCCAGGAGACGUGCGUUCAGCUGUGUACUCUCACUUAGAGGCCUUCGUUCCAUGUAAUAAGGAAGCUCUGCUCAAGCGCCUUAAGAAGCUCAGCCUCAACAUACAGGAUGACCGUCUCCGUACACCCCUACUCAAGCUGAAGCUGGCCGUGUGCAGCGUGAUGCCGGAGCAGAUCGCUCGAUACAACAUGGACUGUAUCGCUAAAGUGGCAAAGCAGCAGUCUGAGGAGGGAGAGAAAAAUGGUUCUGAGGAUGAUGAUGAGGAGAAGCCAGGAAAGCGGGUGAUGGGACCUCGGAAGAAGUUUGUCUGGGAUGACAAACUCAGGUCGUUGCUGUGUAACUUGGUGCGGGUGAAGCUGAGCUGUUACGAGCUGGAGGGUAAGAACUCGUCCCCUGAGGACUACCUCAAAGCCUUUAUGGAGACUGAAGUGAAACCUCUGUGGCCCAAAGGUUGGAUGCAGGCCAGGAUGCUGUUUAAAGAGAGCGUCAUGGCCCACGGUCACCUCACUGGCUACACAGCGAAGAGAAGGAUUGUUACCACACCCAAAGCCAAGCCAAAGGAAGCAGCGUGGGUUCGGACCACGCCCUCGGCAGGCGUCCCCCCAACCCCCGCCGGCCAGGUUGCCAAGCGACCGUGCCAGUUGCCAUCUGAGCCCAUAUGCGUGGACUCCCUGGACGACGAUCUGGCAGUUCCGUCCCUGGACUCCAUUUCCCAGGCACUUGUGAUCCUUGGCAAUGCCGCCAAGGGCCUGGCACAAGGGGACAGCCCCCCUUCCCCCGACAGACCCAAGAGCACCACCAACCCCGCCCCUCCCUCUCACGUCUCACCACUCAUCCAGCAGCAGAAAAAGAACUCUGUCAGCAUGGCCAGCUCCAACGCCCCCCUCUACAUGUCUACCUCGUCAUCUCCCGCCGCCCCUUUGUCUCGGCCGUCCUCCGUCACAUUCUCGCCGGUGUCGUCGGUUAAGGUGGACGCCAUGGGGGUUGUUAAGGGCCCGGGUCAACUGCACCGACACUCCGUGUUGAACAUUCAGAGACCUGUGGGUGUGGGUGUGGGUGUGGCUAAGGUUAACUCACCGUCUUCAGCGUCUAAACCCCGCCCUCCGCCUACCGCGUCACCCCUUGCGCCCCCAGGAUCGAAGAUGGGCGUGUCCACUUCCUCUUCUGGCCUCAUCAAAUGCAGCAAUAGCAAAGGAGUCAACAGUGGCGACGCCGUCGUCAUUACAUCACCUCCGUCUCGACCGACGCCCCAUCCGUCACCCGCACACGUCACCCCCAAAACCUUCCUGCCGACGCCUUUACCACUCACCCCACAGAGCAAGCCCUCCCCCUCCCCGUCCCACCCAGGAGUUCAACCUGCGCCACAGUCCGCCUUCAUCACCCCGAUGCACGCCACUCUCACCAAGUCCACCCACAGCGGCAUCACCCCCAUCGUCAAACUCACGCCUCGCACCCUCAACUCAGCCGUCAGCACCUCCAGCUCGCCCGCACCCUCCCAGAGCGCCAGAUCUCAGGCGGCCCCUCCCAUGCAGCAGCAGUUCUCCUCCAAAAGCCCCGCCGGGUUCCGCCCGCCGUUCUCAGGUGCCCAGGCGGCAGCAGCCAAGGUGGGUCAGGGUGGCUACACCCCCCCCGGCAGCCAGAAGAGUCCGCUAAUCAUGAGCAGCAGCACAGCCAACACCAGCCUUAUCAGCACCUCAUCCAUGGCCAAGCAUUCAGGAUCCAGCACCACCCCGACGCCACCCUCUGCCAACACGGGCCAGCGGCAGAGGCCGGGGGGUCUGACGUCUCAGGGGCCCAAACCGGUCGCGUCUGUCCCGUCAUCGGCCUCUUCUCCGCUACCGCAGGUUUCCUCAGCAGGGGGCAGCGGUCUGCUGGGCUCCACAGCGUCUCUUCCUUUGGGCUUUGGGAUGCUGGGGGGCCUCGUUCCCGUCUCGCUGCCCUUCCAGUUCCCCUCCCUGCUCAACCUGCCGCCUUUGGGCACAGCCGGCUCCAGCACGGCGGCCGGCGACUCUGCAGCCAGUAGCAACGCACCCUUCUUGGCUCAGAAUCUGUAUAAGAGCCUCCAGUCGGGGUCUCAGGUUGCUCUGCCUCCUCACUUGCAGCUAGCUUUCUCAGAUGUCAACCAAAGCCAAGGGGACGCUAAAAGGAAGACGCUAUGAUGCAGCGGGCCACUUUUUUAAAUCAUCUCUCAUGAAUGCCAGUUUUUAAAAGGAAAAAAAAUGUUUUAAAUCACGUGUACAUGCUAUCCUUCACAGAUUUGCUAAACAUGACAGCAGGUCCGUGUUUACAAGACAGACCUAUAUCACUGUGGACAGGGAAAAGGAAUGAGUGACCGUUUUAGGAGUGUGUGUGUGUGUGUGUGUUAGAAUGUGUGGAUCUCGUAGCAUUGACAGCGUGCCUUUUGUAUGUUUCCCUCUGCUGCAUGGUCAGUGUCUACCUGGUGCUGUUUUUAAACUAUAAUGUAAUUAUCACUGACACUUGUAAGAAAUGUAAACUGCAGAUUGCUGAAAUUGAGCUUUUUUUCUCUGCCAAGCUGUACUUUUUUUUUCUAUUAUACUUGAAUUCAUGAAUGAGUUCUAGUCUGUAUAGUACUGAAUACUUUUAAUUAAAACAAUCUUCCCCC